AUGUACAAAGCUUUGGAGCGGAUCAUCCUGAAUCGACUAAUCCGACAUCGCGAAGAAACCACCCGCGACGAACAAGUCGGCAUUGGGCCUAGUCGAUCGACGAUUGACCGGGUGUUCAUUGUGAGAAGAGUGUUUGAAGUGUGGCAGCGAUACUCGAAGCCUCUACAGUUAGCAUUUUUGGACUUCGAAGCCGCUUCCGACUACCCUCACCGGGGCCGUCUUCCCAAUAGACUCCGCGCCGAUGGGAUUCCAGGAAAAUUCGUACGCCUAAUAAACGACAUGAAUAGAAGAACAACUGCUGCGGUCCGAACACCAGCUGGAUGUACAUCAUUCAAAGUGGAAACUGGAGUGAGACAACGGGCCGUGACGGCACCCUUUCUGUUCAAUUGCCGUCGAAGACAUAAUGCGGAGAACAGUUGA